CAUUCAAAUGGCAAUUUCGUACCAACAUCGGGGCUCACCACGUCGAAAUCACGUUCCGUACGUUCCAUGUCAGUCGGACACCUUUAUUCCUCACACCGCCCAGGAUGCGGUAUUCACUCGAUUGAACGACACUGUUUGCGCCAACGUGGAGGCAUACACAACAGAAACACGGUAGCGGUCACAUUAUGACUCUCGAACCACAGAUGGAGCAUCAGCAGGAGGAUUGGCCACGAAAUCGAUCGCCAGCAUCAAGGAUGGGCGUGGCUAUGGGCAGCUCGAGGAGAAUCCACUUGCACAAGACGGGGCGGCACCGGUCAAGGACGCCAUGCUAUCGGUGAGCAGCACUUCGUAUGCGACAGAUGCUGCGAGCGAGAAUGGCUGAUCUAUGUUGGCAGGGCGUUGUCGAUCACACAUCUGACACUGUCAAUGGCGAACCAGGGGAGAAGGCCGGCACGGAUGAAACCUCCAGCAUCGACUCGGAUGGAUCUUCUAUUCUCUCCACUCCGAUGUCUGUAUCGGCGGGUUUGCCAUACAUCCAUGGGGACCCAGACAUGGUGGCAGGACAGGCGAACGUAGCGGUUUCCUCGCAGCCAAUGCUAGCAUCGGUGGAUUCCCGUCUGCCGCCGGUUGUAGCAAACCGUGAACACAACGGCUACACCGUUUGAGAGGAUGAGCACGUACACCAGGGUGUCGACACUGCCCACGCUCACCAGGCCACGC